AUGCCAUGGCCGUUCAGCUCUUCCAGCUCGGCAGGGUCGCCCACACAUAGCCAGAAGGAAGAUGGCGCACGCUCCAAGCCCACAUCAUGGAACGAUCUCCUCCCGAAGCCUGAUCCUCCACUACACGCCGCAAAGGAGUGGGCUCCGGUUUUCCUAACGUCGGUCGCAUCACUGGCAGCCUUCAUCUUCUACCAGUCCCGUUUGCGGAGGUUCCCUACUGCAGGCCAUAUUCAGCCCGACCUAUUCAGGAAACGAACGCUGCUAGGCCGAGUCACCAGUGUGGGAGAUGGCGAUAACUUCCACAUGUUUCAUACACCGGGAGGAAGGCUGGCAGGCUGGGAUUGGCUGAGGAAGGUUCCCACAACCAAAACCGCACUGAAAGGGAAAACUAUACCUGUACGGAUGGCUGGAAUCGACGCUCCUGAGGGCGCGCAUUUUGGUCGACCGGGCCAACCCGGAGCCGCGGAAGCAUUACAAUGGCUAAGGAGUUACAUCCUCGACAAACGCAUUUGGGUUCGCAUUCAUAGGCGUGAUCAGUAUGACCGUGUCGUUGCGACAGUAUAUGUUAGACGAUUUCUCUUCAAGAAAGAUGUCGGCCUUGAAAUGCUGAAGCUUGGCUUGGCAACGACAUAUGAGGCGAAGUCGGGGGUCGAGUGGGGAGGGGCUGAAGAGGCGUACAAAGCGGCAGAGGCCAAAGCUCAGAGUAAAAGGUUGGGUAUAUGGAAUGGUGAAGCGAGCACAUUUGAGAGCCCUAGGGCCUAUAAGACGAGGACCAACGAGACAGAAGGCAAGAAGUCUGAAUGGUUCUCUGGUUGGUCGUAA